AUGGCAGACAAGUGUCCAGUCGACCACGGCAGUCAUUCUUCAGACCAGUCCUGUCCUGUCGACCACAAAUCUCGUACAACAUGGUCCUCUAUCUUGCCAGGGAGCAGCUCUGCGCACCCAGCCAACGCAUCUUCGCUCUCGACUGAACGGGAGGUCUCUUCGAUACCCCGAACAGACAAUGGUAAUUGGGUAUACCCGUCAGAGGCUCAGUUUUUUGCUGCCAUGGCGCGCAAAAAUCAUAAUCCGCAUGCUCCAGAUAUGAAAACUAUCAUUCCUAUUCAUAAUGCUCUAAUGAAAUGGGAAUCUGGGAGAGGUGGCGAAAAGUGCGGAGGAGUAAAGCUUGUAAACUUCAAGGGCAGACCUAAUGACCUGACUCCAAAGGCUCGAUUCAUGACCUUGCUCGGAUACUCUGCUCCCUUCGAUCGUCAUGACUGGGUGGUCGAACGAUGCGGAACCCGAAUUAGAUACGUGAUCGACUUCUAUACUGGACGGGGCGCAGGACCGUCAUCGUCAAAUAAUGUCUCUUUCUAUCUCGAUGUUCGGCCUGCCUUAGACAACUGGGAAGGGGUGAAAAUGAGAGCUGAGAACAUUUGGCAGGACUGGUUUGGAAGUGUUCACAGUAGCAGCACCCCAUCUCAGUCAUGA